GUUAGUGUCCGCCGCCGUAAAACUUCCCGCGCGAGAGGAAGUCGAGAAGGCAGCUUCGGUAAAAAACACAUCGUACUUUUCCAACGACAGAACCUCCUUAAAGAAGCAGCUGAUCCACGCCACACUAGGUCGUCUUUGCUCUUCUGUUGCAUCCUGCUUCCAAAAUGCCUCGCAUUGAGAAUGACAUCAAGCUGGACUUCAAGGAUGUCCUCCUCAGACCAAAGCGGAGCACACUCAAGUCCAGGAGUGAGGUGGACCUGAUGAGGAGCUUCACGUUCAGGAACUCAAAGGGCAGUUACAGGGGGAUUCCCAUCAUAGCUGCCAACAUGGACACCGUGGGGACAUUUGAGAUGGCUCUGGCUCUGCAUCAGUUCUCGGUCUUUACUGCCAUCCACAAACAUUACAGCGUUGAUGACUGGUUGGAGUUUGCGAAAAAGCAUCCCGACUGUCUGGAGAGCGUAGCCAUCAGCACUGGAACUGGAGACGGGGACUUUGAGAAAAUCUCGGCCAUCUUGGAGGCCGUGCCUCAGCUGAGGUACGUCUGCGUCGAUGUGGCGAAUGGCUACUCGGAACACUUUGUUCACUUCGUCAGAGACGUUCGGCAGAGGUUUCCCUCACACACCAUAAUGGCAGGAAACGUGGUGACUGGAGAGAUGGUGGAGGAGCUGAUCCUCGCCGGCGCUGACAUCAUCAAAGUUGGUAUCGGACCAGGCUCGGUGUGUACGACCCGUAAGAAGACUGGAGUGGGCUACCCUCAGCUCAGCGCCGUGAUCGAGUGCGCCGACGCGGCCCACGGCCUGGGCGGCCACAUCAUCUCUGAUGGGGGGUGCACUUGUCCGGGAGACGUCUCAAAGGCUUUUGGUGCCGGAGCUGACUUUGUGAUGCUGGGCGGGAUGCUGGCCGGUCACUCGGAGAGCGGCGGGGAGGUCAUCGAGAAAAACGGCAAGAAGUACAAGCUGUUUUACGGAAUGAGCUCCGACACGGCGAUGAAGAGGCAUGCUGGAGGCGUGGCUGAUUACAGAGCGUCAGAGGGGAAGACGGUGGAAGUUCCCUACAAAGGUCCGGUUGAUGAAACGAUACGGGACGUCCUGGGAGGGGUCCGCUCCACCUGCACCUACGUGGGAGCAGCGAAGCUAAAGGAGCUGAGCCGCAGAACGACCUUCAUCAGAGUCACCCAGCAGCUCAACACCGUCUUUGGCAACGACAACUGAAUGUCCACUUUCUGCCUGACUCCCACAUGCUGAUCACACACAGGAGUCAGCUGAUAGAUGUAGUUACUUUUAAAUAUCCUCGUUAUCCCUGUUUUAUGUUCAGAUUGAUGUUGAUUGGAAUUAUUUUCCAGCACAAGUAUAAAAAACCCAGAAAGUGUUCCCAGGAGUCACGGCUUGGUCUCAAUAAGAGCUUUGAUUCCUCAGCUUUUAAACACAAAGUCCUUAAUUAAUAUUAAUUAUCUUAUUUAUGCAAGUUUGGAGCUGUUCAUGAACAGUAAGUACAGCCCUGUCUUUGUGCACUGCUUCAAGCAUUAUAGCAAAUGUCUUAAAUUAUGACUCCUAAAUAUUUAAUGCAAUGUGGUAGAAGGGUUAGGGUUAGAGUAGAAAUGUACCUAUUUUAAAGAAAAAAACCAUUCCAUCAGCCAUGUUUUGCACUUUAAUGAUUAUAAAUUAGAGCUUUAAAGAUUAGAUGACUACAACCCGUCUCUUCUAUGCUGAAUGUAACUGAGUUGGACCUCUGACAGCCUAUUAGAGAAAUCAAAAGCAGAGCAGCUGAUCAAUAUAAAUAUUUAUAUAAAUCCCACUUCAGCACAGGAUUAAUACCAACGUGUUGCUGGAGCAUCUUUCUUCAUUUCUUACAGCCUUUUGUGUUCAUGAGGCGGAGUUAGCAGAGGAAAGUAAAUUAUUCAAUAUUUAGACGUGACUGAAUUAAGCUCAUUUCCUGUUCUGUUAGACGUGUGUGUGUGUGUGGGGGGGGGGGGGGGGGGUGAAGUAUGUGUUGCGAAACAUAAAAAUUAUGUUUGUUUUUCUUUUUCCAUUUCACGUUGAGUCAAUAAAACAUUCCUCGCUCCA